AUGUCUAUUCUGGACCACUGGAAUAAUCCAAAUUUAAAGUACUGCAAUCUAGCAAUUUUAACUGCAAUUGGCAUUAUACAAUCAGCCAGAUAUCUUAUAAACAGAAACUCGUCGGAUGCAGUGGAAUCAUACUUGAAGGCACCAAACUCAGACAAGUUUCCCAGUACUGAGGAGUUAUCGGAUCCAUUUUUUGAAAUUAAAAUGACAAAAAAUGAUGUUAAGUUAAAAAAAUUAGAUUCAAAACAGUUUUGGGCAGUAUUAGAGAAUCAAAAAACAAAGGUAAAUAUUGACGAAUUAUGGAUAUACGAACCCAAUUACCAAUGUUUAGGAGCAAAUUUACAUGAAGUCAAACAGGUUCAAACAGUUAAAAAUGGACCUCGAAAACAUCAAAAGGGUGAUAAGUCAAUCUCUGGGGAUACUAAGUGGAUACACAUUAAAACAGUUCCUAAGCCUUCCACGGAACAACUCGAAGGCCACACCGGCGAACUGCUGGUACUCCUACUCAUCGCACUGGCUGGCGUGGCCACAGUGGCUUACAAGUCAGUAAACUACAUUAAGACCGUGCAAUGCAUCAGCUUCAUAAAGAACUCGUGCAGAAACAGCAAAAAGGUCACCGACGUCAUUGGCCAGAAAAUGGUCCUGAGGAACCUGGACGGGGAUCUGCGAACAAACUACUUCAGCGGAGACGUCAUUUUGUCAGGGGACAACGGCAAGGAGCUGCUGGUGGUAUGUAGCUAG